CUCAUGAACCUCCUCCGGCACACGAUGACGUCCAAGUCGGGUGGGUAUAUCACGCCGCGCUUGCACGUCCCGCAGGAGGUCUGGUCCCAGGGCGGGGCGAAGCUCGCAAACCUGCCCGAGAAAGUGCGAGCCGUGGAGGUACUGUGUUCCGCUCUGGAAGAGAUCCAGAACUCGAGCCAGGAGUUCUUUGGCUUUGGCUCGCUCACGGGCCAGGGUAUGACCGCGAUCGCGAAGAAAGAGGGCGAGGCGUGGGGUGCUAAGCUCGAGGACUUUGCCACGGUCUGCGACGGGAUCGUGGGGAGCUUUGGGAAGAAGCUUGGAGUAGGAGAAGGACUGAUCACGAAGAAGACCGGGGGUGUACGCAAGCUAACCCGCCAGCUUGACAAACUCACAAACACAAAAAAGUACGUCUUGGACUCCCCGGCGUCAUACGUACAGGGCCUCGCCAGGCUCUUCAACCUCUGUCAGGUCCUCGACGAGCACACGAAGGCGUUGUACUCGCAACCCGUCGCGCCUGUGUACUCUUCCCUCCCGGUGAAUGUGCAAAGCAUCCUACAGGCGCGGCUGCGACACACCUCCGAGUUCUUCGCGAACGUCGUGCUUACCUUCGUCAUCCGAGACCUGUCCCUCCUCCUGGACAAGUACGCGAAGAAGUGCGAGAAGUGGCUAGCCGAGUGA